AUGGCUCCUCUGAAUACGAUCGAACCUGAAUCCGCUCAAAGCACGCGUAGGAAUCGUAUGAGUGGGAGGACGGUGUUGUUUCGAGAGCCCGAGGAAGAGGACUUUUAUCCAGCUACCUAUCAUUUGGAGUCUGAGAAGGAGAUACGGUCCUUAUGGUACACAGCGGAUGAACAUCAGCACAUGUUGCGUGAAUACAAGAUGACAACGGAAAUUCAGCUUUUGGUGGAGACCCUGCAAUCCGAACGCGCCCACCGGUUGAGCAAUAUACUCUUGAAGGCUCAGAAGAGAAGUGGGAGGCGGUCACCGUCGCCGACAAAGCGUAUCAAGGGAUCCAGUCCACGGAAAAGCAAUGCUGAAAAGAGCAAAAUGAUUACGGGGAGUCGACGUCGUUCAGACUCGGCUGCAUUGAGCAAGCUUAUUGUUCAACUAUCCUCCCAACGCAAUCGGAUCACUCACUUGACGACUUCUGAAAGCGUCAAGAACAUGAUUCAUACUAUAUCAACGAGCAAUUGCCCACCGAAUCUGGUAGACGAAGAAUCAUCAUCUUCGGAUACUACUCACGAAUCGGAGAAAUCAGGGGAGUUGCUACGAGCUAAGCAAAAGUACAACCGCCUCUUUCGGCAGCUAAAUCGAGCUUUGGCAGCUCGAUAG